CAUGUGCUCUCUCCAGCUCCACAUCAGCACUGCAGAAAAUCUUCAUUCGCCCACUCCCGCUCCUACUCAUUCCCACGCUACUCGCCUCUCUUUCUUUCUCUGCAUUCAGCCUCUCAUUCUUUCCCCUUCUUUUUCUCUGCCUGCCUUUCUACUCAUCAGCACCACUCUAUAUUUCUUAACCAUUUGUUUCACUCCAUCCCCCCUUCUCUCUUUUUUCCUCCCUGACUUCCUCCACAGAGGAAGAGAAAUGGAAAGGGUUGAUCCGAGCCGAUGAUGAGACAGCUCAACCAGAGGAUUGGGAACAGACAGGUGGACGCCCACCAGUGACUGUAACCCCCUCCCCCCGCCACCGCUCGUAGGCUCCAGCAGUGUCCCGCAACGAGGGAGCGUGACGGUCUGCUGAGGGGUGGGGAGGAUUCUCCAAGGGAACCACCCAAGAGAGCAGAGCACGCAAACAGCCAGAGGUUAAUACACGAGUCUGAGGGAUGAAUGGCACGCACCACCAUGGUCCAAUUCACCCCAGGAACUGCAGCUCGAGAGAGGGGGCCAAGGACGCCUCCGGCUGCUACGAGCAGCUCCUGGUCUCCACCGAGGUCUUCCUCAUCCUGGGUAUCGUCAGCCUCCUGGAGAACAUCCUGGUGGUCGGUGCCAUCGUCAAGAACAAGAACCUGCACUCGCCCAUGUACUUCUUCAUCUGCAGCCUGGCGGUGGCCGACAUGCUGGUCAGUGUCUCCAAUGCCACGGAGACUGUCGUCAUGGCGCUGAUCACCAGCGACCACCUGGCCACACGGGGCGGCCUGAUCAAGAGCAUGGACAACGUCUUCGACUCCAUGAUCUGCAGCUCGCUGCUGGCGUCCAUCUGCAGCCUGCUGGCCAUCGCAAUCGACCGAUACAUCACCAUCUUCUAUGCCCUGCGCUACCACAACAUCAUGACUGCGCGGCGGGCGGCAGCCAUCAUCUCCUGCAUCUGGGCGUGCUGCACGGUGUCGGGGGUCCUCUUCAUCGUGUACUCGGAGAGCACCACCGUGCUGGUGUGCCUCAUCACCACCUUCUUCGCCAUGCUGGUGCUCAUGGCCUCGCUCUACGUGCACAUGUUCCUUUUGGCCCGGCUGCACAUGAAGCGCAUCGCCGUCCUGCCCGGCGGCGCCCCCGUGCGCCAGGGCGCCAACAUGAAGGGCGCCAUCACCCUCACCAUCCUGCUGGGCGUCUUCGUGGUCUGCUGGGCGCCCUUCUUCCUCCACCUGGUCCUCAUGAUCUCCUGCCCUCGGAACCCCUACUGCAUCUGCUUCAUGUCCCACUUCAACGUCUACCUCAUCCUCAUCAUGUGCAACUCCGUCAUCGACCCGCUCAUCUAUGCCUUCCGCAGCCAGGAGAUGAGGAAGACCUUCAAGGAGAUCUUCCUCUGCUGCUGGUGAGGGAGGCCCACGUCCUGUGCCUGUGAGCUGCCCAUCAGGUACUCACUCAGUAAGUACUGACUGAACAGGUACCUGGCAGGUACUGACAUUUACACAGCUGGUAGUGGCCUAAUGGAUGCUCAUCUUGACUCAGUAGGUACUGGUUAUGGGGCUACUCACCCAGUGGUUGCUGACCUUGCUUCAGCAGUUACUGACCCAGUGAGCACUGACCCAGACUCAAUAGGUACUGACACUGACCCAGUGAGUAUAGACCCUGACACAGCAAAUAAUGGCCCUGGGGCUACUGACCAUGGGGAAACUGACCCAGUGGGCAUUGACCACAGCAGGUGUUGGCUAAGGGUCUGCCUGGGUCAACACUGCUGACACUGGAAGAGCUCCAUUGUCUGUGCUCUUUGAGGUUAGCAAAUGUAAAAGAUAGCCUCUGUUUUUCUGUUCUUACGUUUCAGGCGGUUACCGAGGAGGUAGGUUUAUACGCUGCUCUUGUAAUCAAAUGAUUUUUAAGUGAGGUUUUUUUUUAAGAGGUUUUCAGACUCGGUUCUGAGGGACCGCUGUGUAUGCUUGUUUUCACUCCAACCGCAACUGCAAAAAGCUUUUCAUUUUCUCUUCAUGUUUUCAGGGAUUAUUUACCCUCAUAUGGGUAAGACAUACUAUGAAUGAGAAAACUCCCGUAUUCACAUUGUGCAAUAUUGCUUUCGUAAGCAGAGGUAAAACGUUUUUAACAGAUGAAAUUAAAGAUUGAAGUGAAUCAAUGGACUCCUAAUUGCUUUGCAAAUGAUAACGAACCAAACUUGUACUGUGUUAACACAAGUGAACACAAUCCAGGUUUGGCUUGUCAGCAUGUGCAAAGCAUUUAGGAGCCUGUUGAUUCAUCUUAGUCUUUGAUUGGUAUGAUUCAUGUAACUGCAAUAUAGCACAAGAUGAACACAAAACUGUUGUACUUCAGGACAACCAUAGCUAUUUGUGAUAUAGUGUGCCUUAAGAGAGUAAAUAAUCCGGAAAACACGAAAAGCAUAAUUAAGAAAAAUGAACAGCUUGUUAAAACUCUGGGAUUGCAAUAGUGGUUGUAACAAAAACCAGCAUACACAGAGUUCCCCCAGGACUGAGUUUGAAAAUCACUGCUGUAAACAACACUGUCCAUUUGUUGUGCUAAUAUGAAAACAUGAAAGCAUGUGCUCUCCUAAAUUUAAUGAACUAGUGUUGUACAUGUGUGACAGGACUGGCAAGCUUGGCAAUGAACAGCUCAGCUUGCAGAAUUGAUCUGUGUGAAAACAGAUAUCCCAUAUCCAAUGAUCCAACUGUGAAGACUGUGAAGUUUGAAAAACUAAAAUUAUUCAGACUAUUAUUCAAACCUAGAAAACAAACAGCAUCUUUGGUAUGACUGCAGCUUAAGAACAGUGCAAGUGAAAAAAACGUCAAGGUUUGUGCAAACUUUACAGUUGAGGAUUGCACAGUCCCGACAAAAACGCAACUGUAACAGUAACAGAUAACAGAAAAUAUCUCACAUAAUUCACAGAGAUGUAAAAUUAAACAAAAGAACGCACACAAACACACGUGUCAGUGCCAGUAGCUUGCUGGUCAUUUUGUUGUUGUCUGUUCCUCAGAACGUGAUUAUGGCUCCAGUGAGUCUUAAAACGAGUCUUUAAUGUCACUGUUUUAACCACUCCACGUUGUCACUUGUAUGACUGAUAUGCAUUUUUGUGUUCUUGGAAAGUAACAUUGUGUUGUAAUUGUGUCUCAGCAUAAUUGUAGCAGUUAUACCUGGUCUUUCAUUACUCCGCUUGAGUGUGUGUUUGCCUUGAAGUUGCAUGUUUUAAAUGUAAAUUUUUCAAAUUCUCUGUCACAGUUGUUUUGAACAUGUACAAGUGUGCACUGGAAGAGAAUUAAA